CGGUGUUCAGCAAGGCAGUACUGCCCAAACCACCUCUUUGGCAGUAUCGCGCGACGCUCACGCACGCACGCUGCCUAUCUGCUCGACCGCCACCGCCACCGCCACCGCCACCGCUUCAUCAGCAGCAGUGGAAGCGAGCGGCCGGCGGGGCAAGAGCGCCGAGCAAGACCGCCAGUCGAGUCCAUGGCUCAGAUGGUCUCCACCAUGCCCAUGGUGGACGCCGCGCCAGCGGUGUCCGCCAUUAUGCCCAAGCUGCAGGCCGCCUGCCUGGACGCGCCGGCCUCGGGCAUCACCGUCGUGUCGAGGCAGCACGUGCGCCCGGACGCCGCGUCGGCGAUCGGCGACCUCACGCUCUCCGUCUCCGACCUGCCCAUGCUGUCGUGCCACUACAUCCAGAAGGGGCUCUUCUUCCCGGCCCCGGACCUGCCCAUGUCCUCGCUCGUCUCGCUGCUCGCGUCCUCGCUGGCGCGGGCGCUCGCCGCCGUACCGGCCCUCGCCGGCCGCCUCGUCACGCUGCCCGACGACCGCAUCGUCAUUCGCUGCAACGACGCGGGCGUCGACUUCCUCCACGCCGUCGCGCCCGGCCUGUCGCUCGAUGACUUUCUCGUCCCUGACGCCGACGUGCCGACCAAGCUGACAAAGGACCUGUUCCCCAUGGACCGGACCGUGAGCUACGAAGGGCACCGGCGCCCGCUCACGUCGUUCCAGGUCACCGUGCUCGGUGACGGCGCCGUCUUCAUCGGCAUCGUCGCCAACCACGCCGUCGUGGACGGCACCUCCUUUUGGCACUUCUUCAACACCUGGGCCGCCAUCUGCCGCGGCGAGUCACCCAAGCUGCUGGACUUCCGCAGAAACUUCUUCGGCGACUCCACCGCCGUCCUCCGCUUCCCCAGCGGCGUCGGCCCGGCGGUGACCUUCGACGUGGACGCACCUCUCCGGGAGCGCGUCUUUCACUUCAGCGCGGACGCGAUUCGCGAGAUGAAAGCAAUAGCCAACCGUCGCCCGAGCGGCGGCCACGACGCCGAGGUCUACGGCAAGAUGGCGCACGACCCGAAGAAUCCCAGCGAGAUCUCGUCGUUCCAGUCGCUGUGCGCGCAGAUAUGGCUCGCGGUGACGCGCGCCCGGAAACGCCUGGCGCCCGACGCGACGACGACGUUCCGAAUGGCGGUGAACUGCCGGCACCGGCUGCGCCCGGCCAUCUCCCCUGUUUACUUUGGCAACGCCAUCCAGAGCGCGGUGACGACGGCGUCGGUGUCCGAGCUGGCGCGGCACGACCUGCGGUGGGCGGCGGGCAAGCUGAACGCGAGCCUCGCCGCGUACGGAGACGGCGCGAUCCGGCGCGCGGCGGCGGCGUGGCAGGCCAAGCCCGGGUGCUUCCCGCUGGGCAACCCCGACGGGUCGGUGAUCACGAUGGGGAGCUCGAACCGGUUCCCCAUGUACGAGGGCAACGACUUCGGCUGGGGCCGCCCCCUCGCGGUGCGGAGCGGGCGCGCCAACAAGUUCGACGGCAAGAUGUCGGCGUUCCCUGGGCGCGCCGGCGACGGCAGCGUGGACAUCGAGGUGUGCCUGCCACCGGAGACCAUGGCGGCGCUGCUCCGCGACGCCGAGUUCAUGCAGUACGUGUCGUGCCCGUCGCACCUGCUGUGAGCUCCCUUGUGAUCCCCCACCGCGCCGUGCGUGCGCGCGUGGGGCCGCCGGCCGUGACAUGCCGCCGCGGCGCUGUUUGGAUUGCUCGGCCGCCCUUGCCGUUCGGCAUGCAGCAGCUGGUUGGUGCCAAGACACUGUAUCCGUCUCGGUGUGCUCCGUGUUAGGUAGCAACUACUGUACUGGUGCUUGGGAAUGACUAGCGCGUUAGGCUGCAAGCUAUGCAUAGUGAGUGAGCAGGGAGAUGAGCCGUGUAACAUUGUGUCAGAAAUAAGUUUCUGAAAUUGUUAGUGUUCAAUCGUCGAUGGUUGAUCUCUGCUGCAGUAGGUUGGAGCAACAUGCCAGUUCUUGGGAGAGUGUGCUUUCACUUGCAUUCUCCUUGCUGAUCUCUGCUUGAAUUCUACGAUUUCUUUAUGGCACUGUUUCCACAUAA